AUUGCCCUGUGGUGCUACUGAUAGCAUGUUGUGUGAGCAAUCUCCGAGACACAAGUUCAGGUUCUUUGGAAACCAGGAAGAAACUGCAUUCAUUAUACAAUGGAGCGGACUCUUCAGGCUACUGCAGAAGAUUGGCUGCCCUCCAUGACUGCUAGCCAUCAUCACCUCAUUCCACAAGAACAUGCACAGCAUGAUCUGCUUUAACGGCGCAACACCAGAGGCCUUCACAGUUGGCAGUGGAGUCAAAAAAGGCUGUGUCCUUGCGGCAAUGUUCUUCGGCAUCUUCUUCUUUAUGCUCCUCCAAUACACCUUCAGGGACUGCAGCAAGGGAGUCUACAUUCACACCAGGGAUGACGGCAUGCUGUUAAACAUCUUCAGUCUCCGCGCUAAGACUAAAGUCGCAGAGGUAUUCAUCUGUGAUAUGCUCUUCACCGAUGACGCUGUCUUGACAUCACACAUGGAAGACGGUCUGCAGCAGCUUGUCAAUCUCCUUUCCCAUGCCUGCAAGGAGUUUUGACUGACCAUCUGUCUGAAGAAGACCAACAUUAUGGCCCAGGAUGCAGUCUAUCCCCCCCACCCCCCCACCAUCGUCAUUGAUGGGUACAAAAUGGAAGUUGUUGAGAAUGUUACCUACCUUGGGUUAACCAUCUCCACUUCGCUCUCCAUCGAUACAGAGGUGAACAGCAGGAUUACCAAGGCAGCAGCAGCCAUGGUCAGACUGAAAAAGAGGGUCUGGAACAACCCAAAUCUCACGGAAUACAACAAACUGCUCAUCUACAAGGUCUGCGUGCUCAGUACGCUCCUCUAUAGCAGCAAGACAUGGGCCACUUACGUGAGACAUGAGAGGAAACUCAACAGCUUCCACCUGAGGUGCCUGCGGCGCAUUCUGUGCAUUCAGUGGCAGGACAAAGUACCCAACUCAGAGGUUCUGGAACGUGCUAGCAUGAACAGCUUGUUCACCACUCUCAGCAAAAGGCACCUUCGAUGGCUUGGCCACAUCAGGAGAAUGAAACAAGGUCGCAUUCCCAAGGACUUACUAUACAGUGAGCUAGUAGAGGGCUCAAGGCCAACUAGAUGCCCACUUCUGUGCUACAAAGACAUCUGUAAGAAAGAUAUGAAGCUGUCCAACAUCAUCAUGUGGGAAAGUAGCGCAGACGACCGCUCCGCUUGGCACCUUGCUGUCAGAAAGGGCAUACAGAAAGCCGAGGAGGCCAGACACAAAAAAAGCAAGGAGGAAGUAAAAACAUUGGCAGCCUCAGCAGGUGUCGCCAUCAUUCAUUUGCAGCAGAUGCGGCAGAGACUGUCAUUCAAGAGUCGGACUAUUCAGCCACUCGCGAAGGUGCAGACAGAACAUCACCCAACUGGAAGCUACACCAUAGUCUCCCGUAUAUGAAAGGAUGCCUAAUGAUAUAAUAACUUUAACAGUGAAUACUCAUAGACAUUGUAUCUAACAGAUUCAGAUAAGGAUGAUGGUUAAGGAUUAAUGCAACUGAGAGAACUAUCUCACUGGGUGGUUUUCAAUCAGUAGGCUGCAGCCUAGUUAGGCUGUGUGUCCUUCCUAGACCAGUCCUUCUCAGGCUGUAGGCUAGGCUCCUCUCCAGCAUGCAGCACUAGAGGAAAAGGGUGAGCGGAGAGACAGAGAGAGAGAGGACAAGGAGUGAGAAAACUUGCUCACCAGCUCCCGGACGCACUAGCGCCUGGCCCUCAACCACUCCUCCGCCCUCUGGCAGACACCAGCUUGAUCCUCCCCUGGCAGACGGCAGUGAGUCCUCCUUCCCCUGGCAGAUGGAACCGCUCCUCCCCUUCCCAGCAGACGGCCGCGGUUCCUCCGGCUCUCGGUAGCCGGCAGCAAACCCUCCGUAUUUUUAUGCCCCAAAAAAGCACUGUCCUUUAUAGAAACUAUGGGUGAGUAAACCAUAGCAUGUAACUUAUGUGAGUGGACUGACUCGCAGUACAUAACUCGACUGUUUAAGGAAGCUGGGCGCCAUUUUUGUUUCUUUCUGCGUUGCCUCCACCUAGCGGCUGGAGUUUGUUUUGUGGAAUGACUCCUUCAAGAAACUUUUGCAUUGACGGGAGCUUUUACACUGAAGUUCCCAGCCAGAUUGUGAAUGGACACUAUAGAUGACUGCAAAAUAUCCACAUGCCCACACAAAAGAUGUCUUUUAUAAAGCUGACGGACUAAGUCGUGAUGUAUUUUUUUAUGCGGCCUCCGAGUGAAUUUGACUCUUGAUCAUCCGAGGAACCGGGAUGUCUAUUUUGUUUCUUUUUGUGCUGGUUCUGCGUAGUGGCUGGAGCUUGUUUUGUGGAAUAACACUACUUUGGGACAGUUAUGGAUGAAUCUGUUUGUUCUUUGAACUUAUGCCUCCUGUUGGCUGGAGUUUGUUUUUGUGGAGUAUUUUCACAGGACAUUGGAAUGAUUACGUCAUCUGCUGCACUCAUAACAGCCGGCUCACUGAACAAUUGUUUGUCUGUCUGAGGAAACUGAACAGCUUUAUAUCGGCUGGAGUUUGUUUUGUGGAGGAACACACCUUCAAGACAGUUCUGUGAAUUAAUCUACACAUUCUUUCUGUUUGUUCUGCAUGUUGGCUGGGGUCUGUUUUACAAAGUAUUUUCUGUUAUGUACUUUUGCCUCACAAAAUCUGUAUAGAAGCACCGGACUUGAGCAAUCCAUUGGCAAAGUUGUCGUGGGGGUUCUCGUAUGCGUACAUGGACCUUUUGAGUUUAGAGGGAUUGACGCUGGUUGGCGCUGUCGUGCGUGGGGUUAAUGCGCAUGUUUUUCUUUUUUCUGUUUGUUUUGUUCUGGGGAAAGUUCGGGAUUUGACUGUUGCAUUGAUGUUGAAAUGUGGUCUUUGUAAUCUUGUUUUUGACACACAAUUAAUUUUUUCUAUUAUAUCAAAUGUCAUUUGUUAAUAUGAGUGGGAUAUCUUUCUCCACAUGGAAUGUGAAUGGGUUGGGGCACCCCAUAAAAAGAAGGAAGGUUAUUUCUUUUCUUAAACGUAAGAAAUAUGAUAUAGUAUUUCUUCAAGAAACACAUCUUUCCCCACAGGAAGCUGAAAGAUUUGGGAAGAUAUGGGGUGGGCAUGUUUUCUUUAGUGCUGGCUCAAGUAAGAGUAGGGGGGUCAUUAUAUUGAUAAAUAAACAUCUGUAAUUCAAAUGCCUCAAACAGAUUAAAGAUAAAUCAGGAAGGGGCAUUGUUGUUCUAGCAGAAAUUCAGGGGCAAAGGUUGAUUUUGGCUAAUAUUUACGCACCUAACGCUGAAGAUCAGGGCUUUUUUAUAGAUCUUGAAGGGAUGUUGCAAACCGCUGGCACCCCUCAUGAUAUAAUAUUGGGAGGAGACUUUAAUCUGUUGAUGAUUUCAGUCCUUGAUCAUAGUGAAGCAAAAGUGUGUAAGCCCCCUAGAGCAACAGUGACACUUCACAGGAUGUAUAAAAAUCUUGGUCUGGCAGAUGUUUGGCGACUUUUGAACCCAUCUGGUAGAGACUAUACAUUUUUUUCAUCAGUCCAUAAGAUUUAUUCUAGAAUAGAUUUUUUUUAAUAUAUCUAAGUCCCUCAUUUCAUCUGUUGUCAAUUGCUCAAUUGGAAACAUUUUAGUCUCAGAUCAUGCCCUGGUGAGUUUAGAGGUGUUGCCACAUACGGAGAAAAAGAAAUCAUAUAGUUGGCGCUUUAAUGUAUCCCUUUUGCAAAAUCCUGAUUUCCAACAAAUGUUAAAGACUGAAAUCAAUGUCUAUAUGGAGAACAAUUGGUCCUCAGGGGUCGGAUCAUACAGUAUGCCUCAUUCACCAAAAAAUCCAAAGCACGAGAACUAGUGGAGUUGGAAAGGAAUAUUAAAAGUGUCGAGGCAGAGCUGAAGUGCCGAAUGUCAUCUAAUGGCCUCAGAGAAUUGAUCUGUUUGAAAUACAGAUGUAAUGCUCUUUUGUCGCGGAAAGUGGAGUUUUGGUUAUUCAGGUAAGACAGUCAUAUUUUGAGUCAGGGGACAAAGCAGGGAAGCUUUUGGCCAGAUAUAUAAAGCAGAGAGUGUCUUUUUCUACCAUUCCUUCAGUGAAAUCUGCUGGUGGUGAAAUUAUUACCUCAGCCAUUGAUAUUAACAAUGCCUUUAAAGAAUUCUAUCUUGAUCUCUAUAGUUCAACGUCUUCGUCUACUGAUGAUGAUAUUAGAAAUUUUGUGGAACCAUUAGAAUUCCCUAAAUUGAUGACUGAGCAAAAAAAACUAUCUUGAUUCUGAGAUAAACUUGGAGGAACUUGAUGAGGCACUUAAGGCCUUACCUACAGGCAAGGAUCCGGGGCCAGAUGGCUUUGCUGCUGAAUUUUUUAGAUCUCAUGCUACAGAAUUGGCAAAGUUUAUUCGGAAUCAUUAAAGAAUGGAAAGCUUCCGCCAACCAUGACGCAAGCCCAGAUCAGUCUGAUUCUUAAAAAAGACAAAGAUCCAAGUGAGUGUAAGAGUUAUCAUCCAAUUUCCCUGAUCUUGCUAGAUGUAAAGAUUUUGGCUAAAAUUUUGGCUAACCGAUUAUGUAAAGUUAUGACAUCUCUUAUACAUAUAGAUCAGGUGAUUCAUGUCUUUUAUUUUGAAAAGUUUAGUUCCUGUUCCCUUGUCAUGUGAUUUCAUGUUUUUCCUCCAUGUACAUGUGUCAUGUUUUCAUUGGUUUAUUGUUUAAUUAUCUUGUCAGAGUUCUGUUUGUUCAUUCGUUUAUGUUCUCCCAUGUCUUGUAUUUAAGCCCUCAUGUUUGCAUUGUCUAAUUGUCAAGUAUUGAAUGUAACUUUGUAGUCAAGUCAAGCCAUAGUCAAGUCGAUGUUCAUGUUUUAUGUUUUCUUUCACAUUUAUAGUUAGGGUUUUUUGGAUUAUCACGUUUGUAAAUAAACUGCACUUGGGUUCUCUCUACACUUCAUCAUCAUCUUUGUCAUUGCCAUUGCCAGCAGCAUACGUUACAGGCGGUAUAAACAAAUGGAUUAAUUUCAGAUUAUUUUACUCUGAAUAGGGGCACCCGGCAAGGUUUCCCUCUUUCCCCAUUAUUGUUCUGUCUUGCCCUGAAACCAUUAGCAGCCGCAAUAAGAAAGGAGAAUCAUUUUCCAGGGGUGAUGUCGGGAGGCGUGGUGCAUAAGCUUCUGCAUUAUGCAGAUUAUGUUUUAUUAUUCGUCUCUGACCCUACUAAGUCUAUGCCUUGCCUCCACAGAAUUAUUCAUUCCUUUUCCAAAUUCUCAGGAUACAAAGUCAGCUGGUCUAAAUCCGAAGCUUUGGCUCUGACAGUGUACUGUCCAGUAACGGCCUUCCAGCCAGGCGCCUUCCAGUGGCCCAAACAGGGCAUUAAGUAUUUGGGUAUUUUAUUACCAACAAAUUUGUCUGAUUUAGUUAGAGUUAAUUUUGACCCUUUAAUAAAAAGGAUUUUGAGUGAUGUAGACAGGUGGGCUUCAUUACAUUUAUCGAUGAUUGGGAAGGUUAAUGUUAUUAAAAUGAACUUUAUUCCAAAAUUUAACUACCUGCUACAGUCUCUCCUGGUAGAUGUCCCCCUCUCUUAUUUCAAGCAAUUUGAGAGCAUAGCGAAAUCUUUUAUUUGGAGUGGAAAAUGCCCAAGAUUACAUUUUAUUAAGCUACAUAAGCCGAUUGACAAAGGUGGGCUAUGCCUACCCAAAAUUGUGUUUUAUUAUUAUGCGUUCGGUCUCAGACAUUUGGCUCAUUGGUUGCUUCCACCUGAAAGAGCCCCUCCCUGGUUCUGCAUUGAACAAGAAGUUCUUUCCCCUAUUUUGCCAUUGCAAAGCCUUUCUGCCAAUCUAACCAGAGAAGUUAAAUCCCCAUUAUUUCACAUUUGCACUCAGUAUGGACAAAAGUGUCCAGAGUGUUUAAUUCAAAUAUUUAUCUAAAUGUUGCCUCGAGCCUAUGGCUAAACCCUAAACUAUGCAUUAAUAAGUCCCCUUUUUGUUGGUUGGAGUGGAUUGCGAGGGGGGUUAAUACACUCGGUGAUCUUUAUGAGAGUGGUGUGAUGAGAUCCUUUGAAAAUUUGGUUCAAUAUUUUGGGAUCCCCAGAUCUCAGUUUUUUAGGUAUCUUCAGCUAUGCCACUUGCUCUGUACUAUUUUUGGGAAUAGCAUACACCCACCUAAAGCAGCAGAUACUCUGGGAAAGAUGAUUUCUGCUUUUGGAAAAGGUCAUGAGGCAUCAGUGUAUUACUCACUGCUAAUUCAGAGUCUGGGGGAUGGAGUCUCAACCACUCUCAAGAGAUUAUGGGAGAAAGAUUUAAACUUAGAAUUGGAGGAGGGAGAAUGGGCUAGGAUUAAAAAACAUAAAAACUGCAUCUAGAGAUGCAAGGGUGCACCUUAUACAAUUCAAGAUUUUACAUCGGUUCUAUUGGACCCCCUAUAAAUUGUAUAGGCUUGGUCUUAAAGACACACCCACCUGCUGGUGAUGCCAAUUUGUGGAUAUGUGAUUAUUGUUGUUGUGUUUAUCUGUUUAUUUAUUUUAUUUUUUUGUGCAUGUGUGUGUCUAUGUCA